CGCGACGGCCAGACCAUCCACUCCUUCAUCGUGGCCGACCGCACCGCCAGCGUAAUGAUGAACAUCUGGGGCGACGACGGCAAGCACAUCCGCAACGGCGACAUCCUGCGCCUGGAGGGCGCCGAGGCCAAGCUCUUCAAGGGCUUCCUGCAGCUCACCACCACGCGCUACGGCAAGAUCCGCCGCGUCGGCGAAGACACCAUGGUGUUCCAGGAGUCGCCCAAUAUCAGCAAGAUGCUGUGGGUCACCGAGGAGGAGUCGCGCGCCAUGGCGCCCAAGGAGGAAGGCCAGUGCUAGUUAUUCUUGGUGAAAAGUCCUAAUGUAGCCCUUUGCUUUCCUUGCUCCCACCAAGUCCUCUGUGAGCUCGUCGUCAAACAGCUCCCUGCUGCACAUGCUCACCAGAGCCAGCAUUCGGCUCUGGCUGACCCCCGCCAGCAUCGCGCACCGCCCUAUUACCAGCCCCAGCACCGCUACCGCGUACCCGGGCUGCAGCGGAUAGGGGUACCAGGCAAUCAGCUGC